AUGGCCUCAUCAAUGCGACCGAUUUCCCGGGUCCUCGGCCGCCUCGGCCGCACAACACCCUCAACCCUCGAAGCCAGCACCACCCGCCUCCCCAUCCGUACCACCCCAACCGUCCUCACUCAGUCUCGCCUGCACAGCCAGCGACCAUCCGCGACAGCCCAGAAGCUGAACGCACACAUCCACACCGGGCGCCCCUUCUCGACAUCCAGCGUGCGCCUCCGCGCCAAGACGAUGGGCCAGCUGCGGGCGCGCAACGCGACGGGCCCGUUCUCGUGGAAGGCGGCGCUGCUGUUCGUGCUGACGGGUGCGGGCAUGAUUGUGUAUUUCCGGGUGGAGAAGGAGCGGUUGGAGCGGAAGCGGAUUGCGGAGAUGAGUAAGGGGGUGGGCCGGCCGAAGGUGGGCGGGCCGUUUACGCUGAAGGAUCUGGAUGGGAAGGAGUUUACGGCGGAGGAUUUGAAGGGGAAGUAUAGUUUUGUGUAUUUCGGGUUCACGCACUGCCCGGAUAUCUGCCCCGAUGAGCUGGAUAAGAUGGCCGAGAUCAUUGAUAAGGUCAAGGAGGCGACCAAGGGCGAGAAUAUCUUCCUGCCGGUGUUUAUUACAUGUGAUCCUGUGCGGGAUACGCCUGAGGUGCUACGCGCGUAUCUGCAGGAGUUCCAUCCCGAUAUCAUCGGGUUGACGGGGACGUAUGACCAGGUCAAGAAUGUGUGCAAGCAGUAUCGGGUGUAUUUCAGCACGCCCAAGGACGUGAAGCCUGGCGAGGAUUAUCUGGUGGAUCACAGUAUAUACUUCUAUCUGAUGGAUCCCGAGAACGAUUUCGUCGAGUGCAUUGGCCGUCAAGACACUCCCGAGUCGGCAUCCAAGGUCAUCCUGGAGCAUAUCAACGACUGGAAGAGGGAAGGAAAGCCGUUGAAGAAGGAUUAA